AUGGCACACUCAUUUGCUGAGCAAAUAAUAAAAAAAUGGGCUCUAAUGUGGAGGAGGGGGAGGGGAGAGAGAGAGAGAGAGAGAGAGAGAGAGAGGCUGCCCACAUGGGAAAGGAAUGCAAGUAGAAGCAUUGGAUCAGAAUUGGUGGCAAACGGGACAUGUCUCCCCCUUUCCACGAACUUGAGGCUACAGAGGAGACCCUGCCCUCACAUGUCCAGCUGGAUUGAGGAGCACGAGAGAAGAUGAAGGACCCUGGGUUCCACUAUACUGCCUGA